UUGAGCAACCUCAGUCCCUGUUUAACCAUUUCCUUAUGCAAAUGGGGAAAAAACUCAACUCUGUGUCAACGUCUCUGUCCAAAGAGAAAAUUCUAGAAACUGAAACAGCUGAUGAGAAUUCUGCCAUUGUUGUGUCGUCUAAGACCCCGAAUCUAGUGAGUAAACAACUUCUGCAGAAGGGCGAGAAGGACACAUUGCUGCACCUGAACUUCUCCGCACUGUUCUCUCAGGAAGGCAGAGGGAACAAGGGUGGUCCACAUGUAGAAGACAAUGUGGCAGCUAGUGACUCAACCCCCAUCAAGAGCCAAGUUUUACGUAUGUGUGAGGAGAGCCUGGGCCCGUACGUGGCCUCCCGCUACAGCAGGGUUUGCUCGCGUCUGCUGCACAUCCUCAAGUCAGAGUACAACCUGGUCCAAUGUAUCCAUGCCAUGCAGAGAUAUUUCCUGAUGUCCUCAGGGGAGGUUAUGUAUGACUUCUACAGAUCUGUCUUCCUCAAG